AUGCAGAACAUCACAUCAAGCGGAAAACUCGGACGUCAAAAGCCUGUGCUCAAUGUAUUCUUUCCAAAACGAAAUGCUCCGACGAUCGCCCGUGCCGUCGAUGUCGAGAUCGAGGGCAAACCUGCGGCUCAGAGCUCAUCUGCGCAGUCUGAACCUGGCGCAAGAGCCCCAUCGUCCGUUGUGGGCUCUCAAGGACUUGGGACUCUCCAUGGUGCAGAAAAUGAGCCGAUAGCCUUCGCCAGCUCGCAAAAUCAAGAGCAAUUUGUUGACAGAGUUGAAUGUCGGGCAUUCAGUUCUGUGGACAUGCCAUUGGCAGGUUCACAGAGAAGCGCUGGGAGCCACAUGGCUAACGGUCCUGCUUUUUCGUCUAUUUGGGACUCUAAUAUCUUUUUGAAUGAUUCUGCCCUAAAUGUUGACGACGACAUUCUUAUGGAAAUAGAUUUCGACUGGAACUCUUUAAUUCCGGCAGACUACGACUUGAAUCACGAAAGUCAAGCUAGGAGCAUUCCACCGCAUCUAAGAGUAAGUAACGCCAUGACCAGUGCGAGUCGAUCUCGUGUGCCUUUGGUACAAGAGUUUUACAAACGCUGUCUUUGGCUAUGGGACCCGGAUCCUCACGAUUCAGCCACAAUGGACGAAUCAUCUCAUCUCUCGGAGGCCGAAGAACCACUCCUUCUGUCUUCAACGGCCACCGAGAAAGUAUCAGUGGACAAAGUAGCCGGGUCAUCAAUAAUGGCAGAUUUUGCCUGCGGGAGCGAUGCCCGAGAUGCUCUUCUACUUUUGGUCCAGCGCAAUUCUGAUAUUACAGUCGCAGUAUGCAGUUUUCCCUCUCCGAAGGUGUUAAGCUUGCUUUUGAGGGCAUUUGCUGUCCAGGAGACUGUAAGCCCUGUCCCCUUUCUCCAUCUCUCGUCGUUCAGAGUCAACAAAUGCAGGACUGAACUACUAAGCGCUUUGAUUGUCGCUGGUUCUGCCAACUUUGCGAAUCGCCAGAUUUGGAAACUGGGGCUGGCAAUUCAAGAACGUACGCGGCUAGACAUUUAUCAGACUGUAGACCACAACAACUCGAUUGCACGAGACUUGGAGUUUUUGCAAGCUCAAAUUCUGUGGGUUGAAGCAGGUCUGUGGAGCGGCGUCCGUCGCACGAUGGAAGUCGCCCAGUCCGCCGCAAACAAUGUUCCCUUUGUAGGUAAUUUGUCAAACCCGACGAACAUCCAACUAAAUGUGGCAGUUGAUACGAAGAAUUGGGGCCUAUUAUUUGGGUUACUACGAGCACACGUCGGUCCCAACGGUUGA